GUUACCAAGGGCUGUUCGCCUGUGUCUACAGAUAUUAACACGAAAAUAUAACAAAUAUUCAUCGUAAAACUUGCAUGUAAAGAAACGUUUGACUGUCUGUGGAGGUAGAACAAAUGAUACCGACGCUCCAACCUUCCUGAUACACAGAAAAGAAGAAAACAAACCGUAAACAACACAGUAAGCUAACUCUGAGCAACAAUGUUCAGAAAGUAGGCUGCAGUCAGCUUUGGACUGAACUUCUACACAGGUCUGUAGCAGACUGUCUUUUUACAGACAACACACUAUGGAGCGGACUGCACUCAAACAGAGCCAGCUGUGCGGCUCUUGGGAGAUGAAGGAGAGACUUGGAAUGGGAGGAUUUGGGCAUGUCUACCUGUACCAGCACCUGGAGUCAGGAGAGAAGAUUGCUGUGAAACUUUGCCGCCUGGAGCUGAACUCCAAGAACAAAGACCGCUGGAGCAGAGAGAUUCAAAUCAUGAAGAAGCUGAACCAUGUGAAUGUGGUUCAGGCCAGAGAAGUACCAGAGGAGUUGAGCUCCAUCGCUUUAAAUGACUUACCUCUGCUGGCCAUGGAGUACUGCUCAAGAGGAGACCUACGCAAGAUGUUGAAUAAACCAGAAAACUGUUGUGGGCUAAAGGAAAGUGAAGUCCUCUCACUUCUCAGUGACAUUGGUUCUGGUAUUCAGUAUUUACAUGAGAAUAAGAUCAUUCACAGAGAUCUAAAACCAGAGAACAUCGUUCUGCAGGAAGUUGGUGGGAAGCUUGUCCAUAAAAUCAUAGAUCUGGGUUAUGCAAAAGACCUAGAUCAGGGCAGUCUUUGUACAUCCUUUGUUGGUACUUUGCAGUAUCUGGCUCCAGAGUUGUUUGAGAGUAAACCAUACACUGUAAGUGUUGACUACUGGAGCUUUGGGACAGUGAUCUUUGAAUGCACUUGUGGCUUUCGGCCCUUUUUGCACCACAUGCAGCCUGUACAGUGGACAAGUAAAGUCAAGAACAAAGGUCCCAAAGACAUCAUGGCAGUUGAAGAUAUGAACGGCGAAGUCAGAUUUUCUACCCGGCUUCCUUAUCCAAACAAUCUCAGCAGACCACUGCUUGAACCAGUAGAGUCUCUUCUUCAGAUGCUGUUACUGUGGGACCCUGCAGCCCGAGGUGGAGGGCUGAAUCCUUACACAAACAAGCCGUGCUACUUCUCAGCUCUACAAGAUAUUCUCAACAUGAAGGUGAUCCAUGUGCUGGACAUGACGUCAGCACAGCUGCACUCAUUGGUUUUAGGUGCUGAGGAGAGCUUACACUCCCUGCAGCUCCGUCUAGAGACCCACACUCCGACACACAUCGCCCCGCUGAGUCAGGAGCUGCUGCUGGAGACGGGAAUGUCCCUCGACCCACGCUGGCCACCCUCACACUGUCUGCCAGAGGGACUGCGAGGUUGGGACAGCUCCAUAGUCUUCCUGUUUGAUAAGAGCCUUACUAAGUACUCUGGACCGCUGACUGCCAGACCUUUGCCAGACAGUGUCAACUUCAUAGUGAGGGAGACAAAGACGCAGCUCCCUCUGUCAGCGCUGAGAAAAGUGUGGGGAGAGGCGGUGCACUAUGUCUGUGGACUGAAGGAGGACUACAUCCGUCUGUUUCAGGGACAGCGGGCUGCUAUGCUGAGCCUGCUGCGCUACAACACCAACCUGACUCGCUUCAAGAACCAGCUGUUCUCCCAGUCGCAGCAGCUCCGAGCCAAACUGACGUUUUUUAAGAUCAGCAUCCAGCAGGACCUGGAGCAGUACUCCAAGCAGAGACACAACGGCAUCUCGUCAGAAAAACUGCUGAAGACGUGGCAGGAAAAUGAGGAGAAGGCUGACGGGUUUAUGAAGGUUGCAGACGUGGGGUAUCUGGAUGAGGAGAUUGUGGCGUUACACUCUGAGAUUGUAGAGCUGCAGAGAAGCCCGUUUGCAAGGAAACAGGGGGAUGUGAUGGAGCAGCUUGAGCAAAAGGCCAUUGAACUCUACAAGCAGCUAAAAGAUAAAUGCAAAAGUCCCGACCCGCCACAUGGCUACAGUGACAGCUCAGACAUGGUCAGGACUAUCCUGCAGACAGUUCAGAACCAGGACAGAGUGCUAAAAGAUCUGUACACUCACCUCAGUACAAUUUUGGUAUGUAAGAAGCGCCUCGUUGACCUGUUCCCUAAGUUGGAGAGGGCUGUGGAGAACAUAAAAACCGCUGAGGGGGCAGUGAUGCAGAUGCAGAUGAAAAGACAAAAAGAGUUCUGGUACCUUCUCAAGAUUGCCUGUGCUCAGAACAACUCUCCAUCACCAUCACUUGUUCAAAGUCCACCUGAAAGUGAAACUGUUCAUCAGCUGCUUGAUGAGAAUCAACGUUAUCUGAGUCUCCUGACUUCUCUGCUGCAAGACGCCACACAGGAGAUGGAGGACAGCAUCAUGGAUCAGGAUUGGAGCUGGAUUCAGUAUGAAGCAGGGGAAACUGGACCUCAGAAGCUGUAGAAACCAAGUCCUAGGGGCCAUAAGUGAAGGAAAUUCACUGUAAACAAGUGCCUUAUCAGAGUUACACUAUCCGAAUACUUGUGAUUCCAUACUGUCUUUGACAGCCAUGUAAAGCUAUAAGAAAAUGUGUGAAUCAACAGGGUUUGGAAAGCUAUUGUGUUUAACUUAAAUGUAUGUCAGUGGGCUUGAAAGCUAUCUCCAGCUGUAUCCAAGAUUUAUUUAUUUAUGCCAACAUGUCAAAGGAACACCCUCCUGCUGCUAACGAUAAACUAUGCAUGAAGGAAUGUCAAAUGAAGUAAUAUGGUUUGUCUUUUUUAAACAGUGUACCUGUAGAUUUCUUAACACCAGUUUGUCGUUUCCCUCCUUAAUUAUUACUCAGUUAAAGAUGUCAGGUUUCUGUCUGCACAAAUACAGGAAAUUACUUAUUUAUAGAAUCCUGGGUUUAAGAGACUCUUGGGAGCUGCUGCUAUCUUCUCAAGGAAAACAACUAGAGUAGCAAGUACACAAGAACAGAAAUGAAAACUACAAAAUGGAGUGAUAGAGAUUGUUCAAUGUAGUUUUUAAAAAAAACAAGUCUGUAAUUGAGUCAGUAUCUGGCCCCAGGAAAGGGGCUUUUCAUUUUUAUUCAAAAUGUAUAUUGGUUUGUGUGAUUGCAGC